UAUAUUACAACAACCCCAGGCUUGACUGAGCUGUGCUGUCUCCAUGUGGAUUACUGCCACACACACACACAGAGAGAGAGAGAAAGCGAUAGAGAGAGACAAGUUGUCAAUGAGAGCUACAGCAGUUGUUUGGCUGGAACUUUAGAUUCACAUUAAGCUUUUAUAGCCUGUUUUAAUGAGAGAGAGAGAAGGGCGGAAUCGGUUCCUCUUUGCUGUUGGAUUUAUCGCCAGUUCUAGUGUAGCUACAGCUCUUUCUGCUUCGUACAUAGCGGCAUUUCUCACUUUCCUGUGCGUGAGUCAACUUAUCGCCAAUGAGCGCAAGUCGCAGCUUGUGCGAGGUUCAGCAGCCGCAGCAGUAGCAGCAGAGGACCUUUUAAGGAACGGAGACAGCGGACAAAGUUGGAUUAUUAUUGCUGUGCGGGGGAGUGCGUGAUCUCCUUCUUUUUCCCUCUUUGUUACAUUGCAUUUCAUCAGAGGAAGUUAUGACUUCGGUAUGGAAAAGACUUCAGCGAGUUGGUAAAAAGGCUUCAAAGUUUCAGUUUGUUGCGUCUUACCAGGAACUCAUCUUGGAGUGUACCAAGAAAUGGCAACCAGACAAGCUGAGGGUGGUUUGGACCAGGAGGAACAGACGCAUGUGUUCCAAGCUCCACAGUUGGCAGCCUGGAAUCAAGAACCCUUACAGGGGCAUGGUGGUGUGGCCCGUCCCAGAGAACAUCGACAUCUCCGUCACACUAUUCAAGGAUGCCAAUGCUGAUGAGUUUGAGGACAAAGAGUGGACAUUUGUCAUUGAGGGUGAGAACAAGGGGCAUCGUAAGGUGCUGGCAUCAGCUGACAUCAACCUGAAACGGUUUGCCAGCCCCACACCGACCCAGACGGACCUGACACUGACGCUGAAGCCGCUGUCUGUCAAAGUGGUGGAAGCCACACUCAAGCUGUCACUGUCGUGUGUCUUUGUCCGUGAGGGGAAAGCCACUGAUGAAGACAUGCAGAGUCUGGCUAGCCUGAUGAGUGUGAAACCCACCGAUAUCGGCAACCUAGACGACUUCAACGAGAGCGAUGAAGAGGAGGACAAAAAGUCUGUCACUGCUACAGCUCCUGUUUUACAUCAACGGCGCCCCCCAGAGGUUCAAACUGCAGAUGAAGUCUCUGGCCGUUCUCAUAUUUUCAGACCUCAGAUUGUCAAGUCAUUCGCCCGCCCUACCUCUCCCUCACCUUUUUCCACUGAUGCCCCUCCUCUUGCGUCUGCACCACCUCUCCCCGAAUCUCAACCAUCUAGCUCAGAGUCAGGUGCUGAGGGGGCAUGGCUGACGUCAGUCUCCGCUCUGAUUAGUGGUGACAUCACCCCUGUCCCACUGUUGAGUAGUCCUGACCUCGAUGCUCUUUGUGACCCAGAGGCUCCAACCCUUCCUACCUCUCUUCCAUGCUCCUCACCCCCUCGCUCGUCUUCUCUUUCCAACGCUGCUUUUUUCUCCUCCCCUCUCGCUGUCACUCAGCCCCCCACCUCUCCCUCUGCUCUUCCUGCUCAGAUCAGCUCAUGCCAGUCAGGGUCAACGUUCCCCUUCAACCAAGGAAACAAGGACAAAAGCUCUGUUGCCAAGGAAGCGACUCCAAGCGCUCUCAGCCGAGGCGAGGGAUCUCCUCAAAAUAACCAGGCAGUGGCUAAUACCAAAAUAUCCAACCAGCCAAUCAGACCAGCAGCCACCACAGAAAACAAAGCUGAACCAAGAAGGAUCAGGCUAAAAGGCAAACCAACAGACCUCCCUGAUGGUGGAAAGAAGAAACCGCCAUCGCCACACGGAGAAACCUCCAGCGCAAAUGCCAGUGACACUGACACACACAUCUCCAUAAAGCCAGCAGUAGACGUCCCUGACAGUAGCAUCGCUCCUCCCCAUCACUGUGACAUGAAAACAUCCAGACUUCCUACGUUACCAGAGGAAGAAACCUCUGACGUUAAAACCCCCGAUGCUGUUCCAAUGGUCAGAGAGGAGGCUGAUGGGAAGGAUGACGCAACUGAGGCCCUGGUGAACUCCAGCCACUCGCUGCUCCAGUGGUGUCAGGGCAUCACUAACGGUUACAAAGGGGUAAAGGUCACCAACUUCAGCACUUCCUGGAGAAACGGCCUGGCCUUCUGUGCCAUCCUGCAUCACUUCCAUCCAGACAAGAUAGAUUUUGACCAGUUGGACCCUCAUGACAUCAAGCUCAACAACAAGAAGGCGUUUGACGGUUUCGAGGCCCAGGGCAUCUCUCGUCUGUUGGAGCCAUCCGACAUGGUUCUUCUGUCCGUCCCUGACAGGCUCAUAGUCAUGACCUACCUCAGCCAGAUCCGCUCGCACUUCACCAACCAGGAAUUGAGCGUGCUGCAGAUAGAGCACAACAGCAGCCAGUCCAGUUAUGGCCUCGCCCCCUCUGGUCCUGCUCCCACUAACGUUGAUGCUGCCGCCUUCUGCAUGGCCAGACUGAACGAAGGAGUAAGUCUAGAAGAAGGACGGAGCAGCACGUUAGUCGUCCCACCACCGAGAACCAAACGACUGGUUAAAGUGGAUGAGUCAAUAACUCCAGUCCCGCCUCCAAGAUCUGCCGCAAAGGUUGUCAAAUCUGGGCUGGCACAGGAUGAAGAAGCAAAGACAAACUCUGCAACAGAAAACACUAAUAAGACAGAGUUGCAGAGUGCACCUGAGAUUCAGCCUCCAAAACCAGAAGAGGAAACAAUGUGUCUGCAGGACACUAGUCAGUAUGUGCUGAGUGAGAUAGCGGCGUUGGAGACGGAGCAGAAGCACAUUGAUAGCAGAGCUGCUGUGGUGGAGAGACGACUGCGUAGCCUCAUGGAAACAGGAAGUGACCGUGAUGAAGAGGAGAGACUGAUUCAGGAGUGGUUCACUCUGGUGAACAAGAAGAACGCUCUGAUUCGCAGACAGGACAACCUGGAACUACUGCAAGAGGAGCAGGAUCUGGAGAGGAGAUUUGAGCUUUUGACCAGAGAACUACGUGUCAUUAUGGCAAUAGAAGACUGGCAGAAGUCAUCCACUCAGCAGCAGAGGGAGCAGCUGCUCCUCCAAGAGCUGGUGUCUUUGGUCAACCAGCGGGACGAGAUCAUAAGAGACAUUGACGCCAAGGAGAGAGGGGCACUGGAGGAGGAUGAGCGUUUGGAGCGCGGCCUGGAGAUGAGGAGGAGAAAAUACAGCAACAAAGACAAAUGUGUGCUACAGUGAGAAGAGGGUAGAAGCACAAACAGCUUCCCCUUUGUUUUUUUAAGUGCCUUUACUUUUCCGAGGAACUGUUUAUACCAAACACCCGUCAUGAGGAAACCUCCCUGAUUGCGAGAUAAGGACUGCAAACUGUCAUCUUUAAAAGUGUUUGUGUCAAAGUUUCAUUCUUUUCAGUCUGUCUUAAAGUAAUAGUAUUAUUUUUAUUUAUUGAAAUGAUGUGUCAGAUUGUUGUACAUCUAUUUGCACAUAUGGUUUUUUUGUGUGUUUGUGUGUAGAUUCUUCUUUAAGUUUGUUCUGUUUGAACACUGGUUUUUCUUCUUUUUUUUAAAAGAACUGGUUUCCCUUGUCAUGACGUCAGGCCAACAUGUGCCAGAUCCUUGUAACUUUUAUGAUAAAUAGUUUACAAUUACAAUUACAACAUCAAGAAAUUUGUGUUUGUGUUACGUUUCUGUCUCAGACAUUUCCACCCCGACAAGAAGUUCACAUGCAAAGACAUUUCAGGUUUAGAAUAGCAUUUUAUAAGUCGUGAGCUGGACUCAAACCCACAAUGUUGUGAGUACAGGGUACUGUACAUGCUUUCAACUUCAAGAUGACCCCACACCUCCUCAACAUCAUAUUUUGAUGAUAAAAGCAUUUCCACAUAUUGCAAUAUCAUAUUUGAUUGUUUUUUUGCUAGAUGUUGAAAGUGUUCUUCAAUCUUGCGUGCACACAGAGGCUGCUCAUGGUGUUUUCCAGGUUAAAGCUUUUAUUUUAAGUGCCUUGAAUCAACCACAGUAUGUGUGGUUGUGGUGUUGAUGCCAGCUCGAGUCACAGAAAUGAACCUGUUUCCUCAUUUCUGUGUUGUUUGACUACUGUAUGCAUGCUUUUUGAGGUGGACUGUUGGUAAAGUGGUACUCUGCUUCACGUCACUACUGUAUACCCAUCACGCACUGUAUACCUGAUGUUGCUGUCUAUAUUUAUGUGGUGAAGAUAUGAUGAAAGGUAUUGAAAAAUGUGUUGAAGAAAAAUAAAUAUGAGUUUGUUGCUUA